AUGGCGACACAGCCAGAGCUCAAGACGAGCUUCACCAAAGAGACAACAUGGGAAGCCAUCUGCACAGGCGGCAACCCUGCGAUCUCUCAUGAUGGCAAGUACUACAUCGUGCCAUGCCAUUCCAACGUGAACGCCAUCGACUUGGAUACGGGAAGGGUGUUCCACUCCUUUGAGCCAGACACUGAUCCAGCCCUCGCAGCAGCCAUCUCUAACGACAACGAGCUUGUGGCCACUUCCAGCAGAUCGCUGGUGGUCAAGAUUUGGAGCUUCAGAACAUUCGAGUGCCUUAAAUCAUUCAAAGCCCAUGAAGCUCCAACCGUUGCCAUGGACUUUGACAACAUCACAAACUCUCUUCUGGCCACUGGUGCUGCGAACGGCGCCAUCAAGGUGUGGGAUGUCCGUCAGGGAUACUGCACACACGUCUUCCGUGGAUCCGUGGGCGUCGUCAGCUUUGUGCGCUUCCACCCGUCUGAGUUCCAGCUGUUCACCAGCAGUGAUGACUGCCGCCUGCGAUAUUGGAACCUCAAGGACAAGUCGAAGCACCAGGUGCUUGACGCGCAUUCGUCUGUCGUUCGCGACAUUGCCUUUGAUGAGGAGCACCCGAACCGCUUCUACACGGCUGCGCGGGACCAGCUGGUGCACCGGUGGAGCGCGGCCAAGAUGAAGAUCAAGUCAACCAUCCCACUCCACGAGGCGAUCGAAGGGCUUGUGCUUGGAUCCAUCCGCGCGUCGUUCUUCCGUGAUUGCGAGGGCGAGGGCGAUGCGCUGAUCCCGGCGUUUGUCACUGCCGGCGACCACGGCGUGCGGUUCUGGCGGCCGGACGGCACAGAGCUGUUCCCACGCCGUCGCAAGUUGUGGAUGACAAAGCCGUGCAAGCGCAUGGUGUACAGCAGCGAGGCGCGUCGCGUGGUGGUGCUCACCCACGAGCUGCAUGUUGGCAUUGUCCAACUCGACAACAUUGCCGACACUCGCGAGAUGAUCGGCCACUACGACGAGAUUACAGAUUUGCGGUUCUUCAGUCCGUCUGUGGACCGGGACCUGCUCAUCGUCUCCACCAACAGCCACGAUGUGCACGUUGUCGACCCCGGCACGCGCAGCAGCACCACCCUCGCCGCGCACACGGACAUCGUUCUUGCUGUGGAUGUGUCUGCAGACGGCACCGCUGUGGCCACCGUCUCAAAGGAUUCGUUGUGCAUUGUGUGGUCCUUCGAUGGCGCUUCGUUCCGCCCCGUCUUCACGUGCACCGGACACACCGCCACCGUUGUGUUUUGCAAGAAGAGCAAGAACGCUCUGUUCACGGGCAGCGAGGACACAACAGUCAAGAAGUGGACGCUUCCAUGGGACGAUGUUGUGAAGAACGACGAGGACGAUGAUUCUGUGGACCGCACAAUCAAGGGUGCCAUCCCCGCCACGGUCGAGUACUCCCGCAUUGCGCACAAGAAGGACAUCAACAGCCUUGACGUGGCCCCCAACGACAAGCUGCUUGCAUCAGCGUCGCAGGACCGCACCAUCAAGCUGUGGAACACACACACGGGCGACGCGAAGCUUCACUUGAAGGGUCACAAGCGCGGCGUGUGGUGUGUUCGGUUUUCUCCGUCAGACCAGAUUGUGGCCUCUGCCUCUGGUGAUGCAACCGUGAAGCUGUGGAACGCGGUCAGCGGCGCCUGUCUGCGAACUAUGGAGGGUCACACCAACUCCAUUCUGAAACUCGUGUUUGUGAGCAAGGGCACCCAGAUUGUGUCGUCGUCCUCUGACGGCGUUGUGAAGCUCUGGACACUGCGCACGGGCGAUUGCGUCACCACACUCGACGGCCACGACGAAAAGAUCUGGGCACUUGAUGUGAGCGGGAGUGGAGAGAAGAUGGCGACGGGCGCCGCGGACGGCACCAUCGCCAUCUGGCGCGACGACUCGAAGGAGAAGGACGACGCAGCACGCAAGCAGGAGGAGGAGAGGCUGCGUGAGGAUCAGGAGCUCAACAACUUGAUCCAGAGCCAGGAAUACGCAGAGGCCUUUCGCCGUGCCGUCAACAAGAACAGGCCACGAACGCUGCUGCGACUGCUGCGACACCUGCGAGACGCCGACGAAAUGGAUGAGGUUGAGCCGUGCAUUCAACAGUUGGAUAUUGAGCAGAUUACGCGUCUGCUCUCUUUCAUUGAGAACUGGAACUUCAACUCAAAGACCAGCCGGGAGGCGCACGAGCUCCUGAACAUCAUCAUCACGACCACCUCCCACGACCACCUGCUCAAGAUUCCAAACUGCGCCAAGACUCUCGACUCGCUCAUCGCCUACUCUGAGCGCCACAUGCGUCGCAUUCAGCAGCUCACGCAGAAGACAGCGUUCCUCGACUACACCCACGAGGGCAUGCGCGCAGGCGUCAGCAAGAAGAGGAGACACGAGGAAAGCUGA